AACUACAGUUCCCAGCAGCCAUUGCGGUUCUGUUUCCGGUGACGCGUGUAAACGAAGAUGGCGCCGUCCGCGGAUCAACACGCGCGCGUCACUCCUGGGGGCUUUACUGUGCUGUCGCUGAGGUUCAGUGAGGAUGACGCUCAUGCUGCUCUUCAUCAGCUGUGUGUUAAAGAGCACCGGGUUCGAUCGGAGUCCAACACGAAGCGACCGCUGGACCGAACACUGUUCGUGCUGAACGUUCCUCCCUACUGCUCUGAGAGUGUUCUGACAGAGAUCUUCAGCCGCUUCGGCCCCGUCCUGUCAGUGGAGCUGAGGGAGAGACCAGGAGCGUCUGAAUCACAGAAACACAGCGCCGUGUCCAAGUACUUCACAGACAAACACAGACAGUGUUUCAGGGUGGCCUACAUCGUCUUCAAACACGCUUCCGGUGUGAACGCAGCCAAACGUCACCCAGAGAACGACCCGCUCAUCGUCUCCACAGCCGAGAGACGCGUCAGGACCGGCAUCCACAAGUGGAUCCAGCAGUACUCAGACUCAAUGAUCAAAGCUUCAUCACUACAGCAGGACAUCGAUCAGUUCAUGAAUGACUACGACACACAGAAGGAGGAGGAGGCGGAGCGUCAGAGCAAGGAGGCGGAGCAGCAGCAGGAGGAUGAGGAGGGUUGGGUGAAGGUGACGAAGGGCAGCCGCGGCGUGAAGGUCCGCCCACACAGCGAGACGGCCAAUGAGAGGACGCUUCAGAAGGAGAAGAAGAAGAAAGAGCGCAAGGAGCUGCUGAACUUCUACACGUGGCAGCACAGAAACACUCAGAAAGAACGUGAGUCUUGAGACGAUCAACACC